GAGAUGUUAUUAUUCAUAACCAACCUAUUGAUUACGAAAAGAAAAAUAAAAAAGUCUAUGAUUAUUUAACAAACAGAGGGGUGAACAAAUAUACCAAUACCGAUUAUAUUAAAGAAAUUCAAAAAUAUUUUUCAUAUUUAAUAGAAAAUAAAAUUAAAAAUAUAAAUGAUGAUGGAUACGAAAUUCAGAAUCCUAUAACAAAAUUAAAUGAAAUGUAUUUUCCAUAUCGAAUUUGUAAAAUUUCUCAUAGUAGAUAUAUUAACAAUCCUAUAAAAUAUCAAUUGAUGUCGAUAUCUUAUUUUUAUGGAAGUAGUGAAACAUCUUCUAAUGAUGUGAUUUGGAAAAAAGGUGGUGCAAAGGUAUUAUUAACAGUAGCUCAUGAUGGAGCAAUGCAAGACAAAGAAAUUAUUUUAGACAUUCUUCAAAAUAUAAACAAAAAUUCUUAUUCUAGUUUAGAUUACAUAAAUGAAACACAAAAUUAUUAUGAAUAUGUAUUAUGCGUUUAUAAAGAAGGUUCGAAAAAUGAUCUUAUUGAACCUGUCAAGCAAGAAUUGAAAUUACUGAAAGAAGAG